AUGCUGAAGCGAUCCGAGCACCUGAAGCGAUGGAAGCGCCGAUGGUUCCAGGCGGACGCAUCCGGCGAUAUCGUCGAGAUCAGGGGAGACAAGGCCGAGGCCAAGACCAGGUCGACGAUCUCCCUGGCGGACGUGAGGAGCGCCACGGUGUCCUCCACCAACUUCCACGGCGAUUCCGAUAUGAAGGGUUGCUGCGUCUACCUCGAGCUCGGCACGCCGUGGCGCGCGGUGUUCCUCGUCGCGGACUCGCCAGCGAAAGCCGACGCUUUCGUAAACGACGUGCGAAUGCGCGCGGGGCUCGACCAGUCCCUCGCCACCCUCCCGCGCGCUUUCACCCCGGCCGUGAAGACCAAGGGUGCGGUUCCGGCGAUGAGCCAGGAGGCUGCAAACGCGCUCCUGGCGCCGGGUCUGACCCCGGUUCGCGCGCCGGCGACGCCUUCACCGAACGCGUCCCGGCAACAACCCGCCGCGAGAACUCCCGGCAGUCCCUUGACGGUGUCCGCCAUCGCGAACGAGGCUUCCCCCGCGUCCAGCGCCGGGUCGGCGAGGUCGGGUCUCGCCAACGACUCGGCGAGAACGCCGUCCACCGCAAACUCGGGCGCGUCGAAGAAGGUGGGCGUGGGAUGGUUCGGUAAGCCGUCGCUCGCCAGCUCGAUCGCGUCCGUCGCCGAGCAGUUCUCCAAGUCCACCGACCUCUCGCAGGAGAAAAUGAACGACAUGACCCGCAUGAUGGAGGGAGCCAUGCGCGCCAAGGACGAGCAGCUCAGCGCGACCAACCGGCUUUUGGAGGCUGAGUGCACGGUGGCGCGAGAGGCGCGAGGCAGGGCGGACGCGCUGCAGAAACGCCUCGAAGAGAAAUCCGCGCAGCUGGACCGUCGCACCCAGGAGCUCGCCAGCGAGAAGAUCAGCGCUUCCGCGCUGAGGAUGAAGUACGACUCUGUGCGCGAGACGGCGGAGGAGGAAACCGCUCGCGCCGACGAGGCCGAGGCGAGCCUCGCACGCGUGCGCAGGGAGCUGGACGACGCCGUUCGCGAACUCGCCGAGACGCGGCAAAAAGCCGACGACACGCAGAGGGCGCUGAUGGAGGAGGGCGCGCUGCUGCAGGAGAGGCACGCGAGGGCCGUCGCGACGGAACGCGAGCUUCGCGAGAGCCUCGACGCGGCGGAGCGAAGGGGAGACCAACUCGCCAGGGAGACUGCGGAGCUCAAGCAGCGGGCGGCGGACCUCGACCAAGACCUGUCCAACGCGGAGGAUCGAGCCGUCGCCGCGGCGGAUAAAGCGGCGAAGGAGCUCGAGGCGGAGCGGAAGAAGGUGGCCGAGCUGCUCCACGUGGUGCGUACCAAGCGGGGCUUCCUCGGCAUGUUCAGGAAGACGCCCAAGGCGUCGGCGUUGGUCGAACACGACGAAGCACGACGCUCGGCACGUCGCGGGCGGCGUGCGGCGGCGGCGCUUCCCGCGCCCCCCGCGACGGCCCCUCCCGCGCUUCGCGGCGGCGACGUCCAGCAACCGCCGUCGAGCGACUUUGAGUUUAGGACGGCGACGCAUACCCCGGCGGAUGGGAGCGAGGUGAGCGACGGGAGUUUCGACGCCGCGAACGCGGUGCUGGCGCGUCGCAUGAUGAGGGACGGCGUGUGGAUGAACACCCCGCGGCACAGGCGCGUCGGUGGGCCCGUGAUCGCCAACGCCAGCACCCCCGAGGCGGCCAUCAUUCGGAAACGGCUGGUGUACGGCGCGGUGGAAACGUGCGAGGAGGUGAUCGACGCGCUCGACUCCCCGCACGCGCAGGGGUGCCGCCAGAUGUGAUUACUCGUUAUGUUAUUAUCGUGUAACGACGGGCUAAAGAUGUCGUCG